CCUUCCUUUCUAACCACCAUGUCGACGGAUGUCUUCGUCCAAUCCUUCACCCAUGUCAAAGGACCCCCAAAGCAAGAGGCCCGGGCUCUCGAGAUGCUUAAACGAGUAGCGUCUCUUGUCAAACCUAUCAUGCGAAAGCACGGUUGGGUUUUACCAACGCUCUCUGAAUUCUUCCCGGCGCAAUCGAAUCUACUGGGUCUUAAUGUCAAUGGAGGCCAGAAGAUAUUGUUACGGCUAAGACCAUCGCAUGCCCCAGACACAUUCCUCGAGGAGGCAGACGUUGUUCAGACGAUGCUCCAUGAGCUAACGCACAAUGUCCACGGACCUCACGACGAAAAGUUCUACAAGUUUCUAUCGGGUUUACAGGAAGAAUAUGAUGCCCUUCAGCGAUCUGGAUACGCUGGAGAAGGCUUUUAUAGCAAAGGCAACAGGUUGGGGACGAACAUCUCCCACAACUUGCCCCCGCAUCUGGCGAGAAGUAAAGCUAUCGAGGCAGCGGAGAAGCGCAAACAAACCGCACAAGUCCUUGGUGGAGGCGGGCGACGUCUUGGAACCGGCCGAUUGAAUGUAGCGAAUAUGUCGCCCAGAGAGCUUGCUGCGCGGGCAGCAGAGCUUCGUGCUCGAGACGAGAAAGAGUGUGGAUCAGGAGAAAUGGCCCAGAGGGAAGCAGAAAAGGCUGCAAAUGAGAGCGUCAAGCACGACGUUAUCGACCUGACUGUUGAUUCAGACGAUGAAGUAAUUGUUACUUCAGCGCCAACGACAACAAAACCUGUUACUUCUUCAAAGAACAACCCUGUCAUCCGAGCUGCAUCGAAACUCGUUCGACCCACCAAGCCCGAACCUACAAGUCAAUGGACAUGCGAGGUCUGCACAUUAAUCAAUUCCUCGAAGGCCACACAAUGCGACGCAUGCUUAUCGAACAGGCCACCUAAUGAGGCCGAUGGUUGGGGUUGCCUUUUCUGCGGAGAAACUGGAAUGCCACACGAGUUUUGGAGUUGUCGGUCGUGUGGGGCAAUCAAGCCAACGUCUACUGUCUGA